AUGGCUGCAUCAAGUCGGAUCAAACCAUUUGAUGUAGCAUUGGAAGCGAGUCGUCUGCCGUCUGAGUGGGAGUCAUGGAAAAACGAUUUAGAAUCGUUCUUUCUAGCUCAGCGUUUGGAAUCACAGCAAGAUAAACGGGCUCAGCUUGCCUACCUGGGAGGCCCAGGACUGCAAGAGCUGCUGCGCUACCUACCCGGAGUGAAUCAAGUUCCACAUGUAGCGGCUGAUCCUCCGUAUUACGACGUUGCGAUUAAAUGCUUGGACGACUAUUUCGAACCGUUUCGCCGUAAAACCUACGAGAGACAUCUUUUCCAUCAAAUAAUUCAACGACCGGAUGAACGCUUUACUGACUUUGUUAUGCGGCUGCGGAAGCAAAUCGCUCGAUGCAGUUACAACCCCUGCGUUGUUGAUGAGUUAAUCGCUGAUAGAAUUGCACAGGGAUGCAGCUCCGAGGACUUGCGUACGAAGCUGCUGCAGAAGGACCGGAGCUUGGAAGAAAUAAUCGCCCUGGGCACAAGUCUGGCAGAAUCUCUCCAACAAUCCAAGAAAUUUGGGAAACCGUCAGUACCGAUCAGACAAGAACACGAGGUAAAUAGUGUUGCUAGGCCCCCACGACGCAUCUUCCAAGGAAAUCAACGAAGCGGUGUUAGGAACAUCGCUCCUAACGGUUCCCAGACAUCGUCGAAUGAUCGGUUCAUUUGUUAUGGGUGCGGUCGUCGAGGACAUACUCAGGGAAGUUUCGAAUGCCCGGCAAAACAAACAAAAUGCGCAAGCUGUGGUAAAAUGGGUCACUGGGCCAAACGUUGCUACAAUAGAGGAGGUGGCACAAAGCGCCGGAUGAACGACCAAACAUCGGCCCCGCCGGUCAAGCGCAUACGAGCUGUUGAGGAAGAAUCGGAGAAGAGGAACACCAAGGAUUAUGUUUUUUAUGCGAUGGGGAAUAAUGUGUUCAGCUUCAAGGUGGGGGGAGUGGAGAUACCAAUGACCAUUGAUUCUGGAGCUGACGCAAACAUUGUCACAAAAUGCGCAUGGAAAGAACUGAAGAACGCCGGUAUCAAUGUGUCGUUCAUGAGUACUGAGGUUGAUCGAUCGCUUCUAGCGUAUGCUUCAAAGGAUCCAAUGAAGAUCAUUGGGAUGUUUAAUGCGGAAAUUGAAGCAGCUGAGAACAAAGCCACUGCUACAUUCUACGUGGUGCAGAAUGGACAACGUUGCCUUCUGGGGGAUCAGACAGCGAAGGAUCUCAACGUAUUGAAGGUUGGUUUUGGUGUAGGUUCAAUAGAAGCGAAGGAAAUCAACCCGUUCCCGAAAAUUCGAGAUGUGGUAGUGGAAAUUCCCAUCGAUCCCAAAAUUCAGCCAGUUCAACAGCCAUACAGACGCCCUCCAAUAGCUUUGGAAGACAAAAUCGAAGAGAAGCUUCGCUCGCUGCUGGAACGAGACAUCAUCGAACCGGCCCCAGGACCUUCACCAUGGGUAUCUCCUGUUGUGCCAGUUGUUAAGGACUCUGGUGAAAUACGGCUGUGUAUUGAUAUGCGACGGGCGAAUCAAGCGGUACUGCGUGAGACGCACCCGCUGCCGCUCGUUGACGAGCUUUUGAGUUCCGUUAAUGGGGCAGUAAAGUUCUCAAAGAUUGACAUUAAAGACGUCUACCACCAAGUUGAGAUCUCGGAGCGGUCACGACCCGUGACAACGUUCAUCACGAAACAUGGCCUGUUCAGGUAG